AUGGCUGGGGACCCUUCAAAACGCAACCAGAACUUGUAUUGCCACUAUCAUCCGGACCAUGGACACACCACUGAGGAUUGCUGGAAUCUAUGGAAUCACUUAGAUCAGCUGGUCCGAGAAGGAAAGCUACGUCACCUUUUACACCCCUCAAGCGGUCAUCCGGGCCAGGCAAUGCAAGAGCCUCGAAAAGAUGUAUCAUUAAGACCCCCCACAGGAACGAUACAUGUCAUCCUCGCCGCUCCAGGAAGAAUCGGGUCAUUUCCUUCCAGGGUGCUGUCUGUGGCUCGGCUCUCCGCCGAGGACAGGGAAAGAGAGUUUAAGAGGUCCAAAAAGGCAAGCUCUUUGAUAUUAGGAUUCUUGGACGAGGAUAAGAGGGGAACUAUCCAACCUCACGAUGAUGCCUUAGUGGUUACGCUAAGAAUCAGAGGUUUCAAUGUGAGAAGGGUGCUGGUAGACCCAGGUAGCGCAGUAAAGGUAAUGUACCCUAAUCUAUACAAGGGGCUGAACCUAAGGCCGGAGGAUUUGACAGCUUAUGACUCUCCCCUUAUCAACUUCGAAGGGAAGACUGUUAUACCAAAAGGGCAGAUCAAACUACCCAUACAGACUGGGUCAGAGGUGGUGGAGGUGAACUUUAUCGUGGUCGAUGCCUAUUCGCCCUACACAGCGAUAGUAGCCAGGCCAUGGAUCCAUGCCCUAAAAGCUAUAUCUUCUACACUUCGAUGCCUUAGUGGUUACGCUGAGAAUUGGAGGUUUCGAUGUGAGAAGGGUGCUGGUAGACCCGGGUAG